ACCAGCGGGGCAGCUACAAAUACAGACCGAUCCUGUUAGGAACAAGAUUAACCGAGACCAUAGGAUUAACCACUGAGAGACAAAGGAGAAAACAAACACGGACGGACUAUACAUUGGCCUUUUACAGAUUUAACCAUGAAUAAGGACACAGAGAUCGAUAUGAAGGAAGUGGAGCUCAACGAGCUGGACCCUGAGAAGCAGCCCAUGACGGGUGACGGCCAGGCUGCAGGCGGGGAGAAAAAUGGCAGCGUCAAGCUGAAGGUCCCAGAGGACGAGGUUACAUUCACCGGCCUGUCCAAAGAGGAGCUGAUGAAGGUUGCUGGCACUCCAGGAUGGGUGCGAACCCGCUGGGUGCUUCUUGUUCUGUUCUGGCUGGGCUGGGUGGGCAUGCUGGCUGGAGCCAUUGUGAUCAUAGUCCAGGCCCCUAGAUGCAAACCCAUCCCUGAGAUGAAAUGGUGGAACGAAGGACCCCUUUACCAAAUCUCUGACCUCGAAGCUUUCUCUGAAGGAAUGAACGGUGUUGAGGCAAAGUUGGACGAAAUUAACAAGCUGAAGGUGAAAGGCCUGGUUCUGGGUCCUCUUCACACUGUCCAGAAAGAUCAGCCGAGCACCCUGAACUUCGAAGAGAUCAACCCGACCCAGGGACAUGAAAAAGAGCUGGUUGCUGUGCUGGAAAAGGCCCACAAGAAGGGCAUUUCUGUGGUGCUUGACCUAACUCCAAACUACCUGGGAGCCUCUUCCUGGUUCAGCCCUUCUGAUGUUGGUGAUGUGAUGGAGAAACUCAAGGCUGCAGCGGAGCACUGGCUGAAUUUGGGUGUUGAUGGCAUCAAGAUAUCUGAUCUCACUGUUGCCACCAACUCUGCUGAUUGGUCAAAGCUGCGCGCUGCUGUCCAGGGCAACCGCACUGAGGACACUAAGAGCAGAGCGAUGAUGGGUGUGGUUAAAGGUAUUUCGGCUCAGGAGGUGUCUCAGCUCGUCAAUACCACGGGUGUCGAUCUGGUCCUGUCUGACCUGCUCAGCAGCAAUAAAGAAGGUGUGGGGCGCAUCAUGGCCAUGGACACCCUCCACUCUCAGCAGAGAAGUCUGGGCUGGGGUCUCGGUGCUGCUCAACUGGACCAGCUGUCUAAACAAGCAGGGACUCCGGCCCUGAUCCGUCUCUACCAGCUCCUGCUGUUCACCAUGCCUGGAACCCCAGUGUUUACAUACGGAGAUGAGAUCGGCCUUCAGGCAGUCGGUGCAGAGUCUCCUAAGAUGGUUUGGGACAUAGAGAAAGCACCAGCUCAAGGAGAGGCUGUCAAUGAGACUGCUGAGGCCCAGCGGGAGGAGCAAGUGGCUGUGAGGACGUGGUUCAAAUCCCUCAGCGAGCUGCGAGGCAAAGAGCGUUCGCUCCUCCACGGCGACUACUAUCCUCUCUUCUCCUCUACCUCCUCCCUCUCUUUUGUCCGUGUGUGGGACCAGAGCGACAGAUUCAUAACUGCUGUCAACUGGGGAACAGCUCCUGAGACACUCAAACUGGCACCAACAGAAGGACUAGAGUUGCCAGAGACAGCCAAGGUGAAACUGUCAACUGAUGAAGAGCUGAAGGCAGACGCCAUCGUCCACCUGGACAAAGUCACACUAAAACCUGGGCAAGCGGUGCUGCUGCAGUUCCCCUACACAGGCUAAAGAUGGAGCCAAACUAUAGGAAAACUACCGACACACUAGACUUGUUUUAAAACUGGAAGGUCAGUCCCAGUCCUUAGGAAUUGCAUAUUCACAAGAUACAGGACCUUUCUUUUUUAUCAUUUUUUUGUUUUGCUAGGACAGACAUGCACUCAUCCAGCAAGUAUUUUGUUCUUUUGUUAUCUUUUAUUGUUGACUAUCUGUCCAAAUAUGUAAAAGACAUUCCAUUCUUGUUCUUCGGGCAUUUCCUUAACAGUUCUCAUGGGUGUUUUUUUUUUAAUUAAAAAUUUUACGAAAUUCUGUUUUAGUGGCAGUUUUACUUUUUAUGAUUUUUUUUAUUUUUUAUUAUUGAAAGGUGUUUUUCACACAGGAAAAACAAGGCAACUUUGUGUGGGGGCUCAGUUUUGAAGUUUUUUUAAGAGUGCUAGUAAAAAAUUAAAACACAUUUUUUUUGCAAAUGGCAUCAAGUCUGUCAAGAGAACUGAAUUCAAAAUGAAUAAACAGAAAGUUCUGUACCGAC